CGUUCCACUCCCCCUCCCCAUGUGCUCCCAACCCCCUAGCUGACGGCCGCACUGCAGAAGGUCAGAGAGAGGAGAAGAGGAGAGGAAGAGGAGGCUGAGGCAGAGACGGGCAGGGGCGGGAGUGGCUUGGAUGUACACGAACAUGCCGAGAGGAGAGCCAGCUGACAAGCCAUGACAACCAUGCUGAGUCCCAAGAUCAGACAGGCCAGAAGAGCCAGGUCCAAAAGCAUGGUGAUGGGCGAGGUGACACGGGGCUCCUGCCAGCCGGCUUCGCCCAGCCUCCAGGAGGGGGCGCUGAAGGCUGGCUGGCUGAAGAAGCAGCGCAGCAUCAUGAAGAACUGGCAGCUGAGGUGGUUCGUGCUGCGGGCAGAUCAACUAUUUUUCUACAAAGAUGAGGAGGAAACCAAACCACAGGGCUGUAUACCACUGCAGGGAUGCCAGGUGAAUGAACUUACGGCAAACCCAGAUGAACCAGGAAGACACCUUUUUGAGAUUGUUCCAGGUGGAGCAGGAGACAAGGACCGUGCACCAAUCAGCCAUGAGUCCUUCCUGCUCAUGGCCAACUCCCAGGCGGACAUGGAUGACUGGGUCAAGGCCAUACGACGGGUCAUCUGGGCGCCGUUUGGUGGAGGGAUAUUUGGCCAGCGAUUAGAGGACACGGUGCUGUAUGAGAAAAAGUUGGGCCCCCGGCUGGCCCCCCUGCUGGUGGAGCAGUGUGUGGACUUCAUCAGGGAGAGGGGCUUGGAUGAGGAGGGUCUUUUCCGAAUGCCGGGGCAGGCCAACCUGGUCAAAGAGCUGCAGGAGGCUUUCGACUGUGGCGACAAGCCUCUUUUUGACAGCAACACGGACGUUCACACGGUGGCGUCCUUGAUGAAGUUGUACCUGCGAGAGCUGCCUGAACCUGUCAUUCCCUUCUGCAAAUAUGAAGACUUUCUAACAUGCGCACAGCUUUUGGCCAAAGAUGAGGAGGAGGGGGUUCAGGAGCUUGGAAAGCAAGUUAACACACUACCUCUGCCGAACUACAAUCUCCUCAAGUACAUAUGCAAAUUCCUUGAUGAAGUCCAAUCUCACUGUAAUGAAAACAAGAUGAGUGUUCAGAACCUCGCCACAGUGUUCGGACCCAAUAUCCUUCGACCCAAGAUGGAAGACCCAGUGACCAUCAUGGAGGGUACCUCUUUAGUCCAGCACCUAAUGACGGUCCUCAUCAGGGAACACAACCGUUUGUACUCAGGGAGGGACCAGGAGGGCCUCAACGUACCCCAAGUGGAGCAUCCCUUUCAGGGACAUCAGCUCCACAACCGCAGCCUCGGUGCCUGGAUCUCUGAAGAAGACCUGCAGAGCUGCCCCGUCCCCAACCCCGAACAAGAACUGGACAGCAGCGCCUCGUCGCUCGAUGCUAAACUGUGUGCUGCCGUCACGCCCACGCAGACCCCGAACCCCGUCCCAAAAUUAGGUUCUUCUUCGACGAAAGCCGACACGGUGGUCAGUCCUAGUAAACAAGCCAAGAGCUUACCUUCUUGGAAGUACACUUUUAAAAGCUCCUCCGCGCCUCGUUCUCAGCCGCAGGCUAAGCAGAGCGGAUCGGUGCCAGACCCAAGCGGCGUGUCCUCUGGGGGAGGAAGUAGUAACUGGCUGAUGAACGGUUUGUCCUCUUUGAGGGGCCACAGGCGCACGUCCUCAGGUGAAAGGUCAACACGCGACCGGGACUCAACAGGUUCCUCCCAGAGACUUUCCACCUACGACAACGUCACGUCCUCCUCCAGCAUGGGAAGUGUCCAGAGUGUGGCCAGCACACCCUGGUCUACUUCCUCCUGCGAGAUCUCGGCGCCCGAAUCUGGAAGCGGCGAGCAGAACUGCGGAGUCGUGAGUGAAAGCGGAGAUAAAGCGGAGUGGACGGACGCUCCGAGGGAGGCGGCGCGAGGACGGGACGGGGAUGUGAGCGCAGAUCCCGGCUCUGAGCGGGACAGCUGCGAGGCCAUGGAGCUGUGCAGCAGCAGCGCCGCCUGCAGCGAGAACGGCAACGUGAGCACGGCCGCCGGAGUUCCAUCCAUCGUCACGUCUGAGGAUGGGGACGGGACUGAGGUCUCGCUGGGCAGUCUGGUGGACGGCCUGAAGGACCAGCUUCACAAACAGAAGGCUGCCUACGAGGCCAGGAUCCAAAAGUUGGAGGAGUCCAGCGCUGCCUUGUGUGCACACCUGGAGCGUCUGGAGCAGGCGAUGGAGCAGGAGAAGAAGAGGCAGCGCAUGCUGGAGAUCAAACUACGGAACUCUGAGCGCGCUCGCGAGGACGCCGAGAACCGCAACAAGCUCCUGGAGAAAGAAAUGGAGGAUUUCUUUGCUACUCUCGGGGAUCUGACCACGACGACGAGGACCAGCGAUAUUUGACAGGCGGGUCGGCAACCCGGGUUUGUCUUAAAGGACUCAUGUCUUUGUUGGGAAGAAGAGAAGAAGUUUGUAAGCAAACAAAAAGGUGAGCUCAUUCAAGCGACCAAACUGAAGCACGUAAAAUGAGUUAUUUCUGCAAUUUGGACACCAUGAGGUGUGCGUUACAAGAUGGGCGUUCAUUGUGAGUCCAGCAGAGAGGUGUGGAGUAGAAGGAGCAGUUUUAUCCUAAGAGUGGAGCUUGCACUGCAGAUAGAAGUUCCUCUACUCCAACAUGCAACUCUCUGCUGGCUCCUCAGGCUCUUCCAGUGCCUCUCUGGUCACAUGACUUCCUCCGUGUCUUACGACUUGGCAGCCAUGUUGACUCGUGGCACCCGAAGCUAAACACUGCCCUUAAAAAGAAAACCUGUCUCUUCCUGGUUGUGCCUUCAGGGAACUAUUUUGUCUUUUAAAUAUUACGAAAGAAGAAAGCGGCAAACAGAAAGCGACUCCCUCAGAACACACGUCCUGUUUUUGUGUACGUGAAGAAAAGUGCCGAUGACCAACAACUUAGAAGGUGCCAAUUAUUGUGAAAGUGAAGAAUGUAUCCUAGUAGUGAAUGUAACUAACAAUGUUCAAGGUCGGCCAUUCAAUUGUCCUUAGAGCGAUGCAUGCUGGGAAAAAAAGGGCCCAACAAAUGAAAAUGUGCUUAUUUUUAUUUCAUUCACUUUAGAAAGACGUUUUGUCUUUGACUACUACCACUAAGAAGCAAUUCCAUAGAAAGACAACCCAAAAAUAUCAACUUUUGUUUUUGCUCCCAUUUCAAAGGCAUUUUUCUCUCAGAUUUUCACAAAAAAAAAUGUUAGUGAGCACUUCUGCAGGAUUAAUGUUUCCACAUGUGCGGUUAUGGAGUACAAUAUUUGAUGGGGGGUGGGAGGGGGGGUUGUGAACGUAGAAAAUGUUUUUGGUCUUCAAGCCCAUGAAAAAUGGUAGAAAAGACAAAAGUAUUGUUGAUAUUUUUGUGUCUCAGCUCAGUCGAAAUGUCUUCAAGGGUCAUCAAUGGUGCUUGUUCUUUAUUUAUUUGUGCAUACAUUAUUGUAAUGAAUGAACACCUAUGGGAAUAAAUUUGACAAUGUACAUCAUUUGUGCUGUUUAUCAAUGACUUAACUCUUUUCACCAGAAGUGGCGUCUUUGGUCGGACGCGAGAAGUCACAGGUUUGGCCCCGCGGUGUGUCUCCAGCUUA